CCUUCAACCAGCAGUCAUGUUAGGCCCAGCUCGACGGCGCAUCGCCUCAUAUUCGAACUAUGAAUCAUUACCUUCUUUCCUUGUCCCAGCCUUUCAAGCCCCAGCGACCAUGAGAAGCUUCUCAACCACCCCAUCGUGCCUCUCCAAAAUCGGCUCAGCGCCAUUGUCGAUUCCACCCGAAGUCACCUUUAAUGUCCUCCCGCCCAAGAUGAUGUCCAUUGGAAAACAUGGUCGCGCGCAGCCAUACCGAGUUGUGGAGAUCAAGGGGCCACUGGGCGAAAUAUCUAUGCCCAUACCGCCCUUUAUUACAAUUGAUCGAAGUACACCUGCGCCAGUUCUAUCUAUAGAAAACACGGAGGAGGCAAAACAAAAAGCGAUGUGGGGAACCACCCGCGCAUACCUCCAAAACCACAUUCUAGGCGUCUCAGAAGGCCAUUCCGCUAUCCUCCGCAUGGUCGGUGUCGGAUACCGCGCGACUGUCGAACCUACCGCGACCACCGUUCAGCCUGAAUACCCGGGCCAACAAUUCGUAAAUCUGAAAGUCGGCUAUUCGCAUCCUGUUGAGCUGGGCAUACCGAAGGGAGUGACAGCGAGCACACCGCAGCCAACGCGUCUCUUGUUGGAGGGUAUUGAGAGGGAGGUUGUGAUGCAAUUUGCGGCGAAAAUCAGGAUGUGGAGGAAACCAGAGCCGUAUAAGGGCAAGGGCAUAUUCGUCAAUGGGGAGACGAUCAAGCUGAAGAACAAGAAGAUCAAGUAGAUGCAAGAGGUACGGCUGUAUAUUGGGCUCAUGGACUGUAUUUGUGUAUGUAUCAUAUUGGCAAAUGUACAGUAUUGGGACGAAUCAAAGGCCAGUCCCAAUCUUCGAUAACUUCAUAUUCUGUCUAGAUCCUAGAAGCAGCAAGGCUCUACUUCCUUACCAGCUUGAAGUAGAUAUAGGCCACUUGCCAGAUAUCAUCCUUUUCAUCCUCAAG